AUCAGUUCCAUGCUUUACCAAAAAAGACGAUCAGCCAUAAUUUUGAAUUGACAAAAUUACGGCCUCAAAAUAAGUAAGAGAAACCUUAGCUUAUGGGUUGGUUAUUAUCAGUUUUUCCAAUAGCUGGUAAAAAAUUGACGACGAUUUCAAUUCAUUGCAAUUGAACAACGAUCGCUGAUUGGUUUGCCUUACAAUCGAAAGCCAAUCAUUAUCCAAUCACUCAUCAGCGGUGGAAAAAAAAAGUUCCAAAAAGCUUUUGAGCGCCCGCUAUAUAUAACGAAAACACACAAUUUCCCCAGCUGUAUUUUUAUUUAGCUUCUUUCUCUUCUCUUUAUAACUCGGCACGAGUUUUUAUGCGAUAACUUCCACACUUAUGGAUGAAAAAGAUAUACAUCCUGGAAAGCCUUCCGAGGCAAAGUCGAUCGAAUCUUUAGAAUAUAAUCUAAACGAGGAUACCCAUUCCAUCAAAUUUAGUCACGGUGUUGAACGAGAAGCCCAAGGAUCCAGUUUCCUUGCCUACUUUAAUAUUGUCUGCGUUGUCGCUGGUACAGGCGCACUUGGUCUUCCUUAUGCGUUAAAACAGGGAGGCUGGAUUGGCUUACUCAUUUUGGGUCUCUCUUGGUUGUUUUCCUCCUAUUCUGGUGUAAUUCUCGUCCGUUGUUUGUAUUAUAAUGGUCGCACUCGUCUGUCUUCGUACCAAGAAGUUGCUGAAGCAGCUUUUGGUGCUAUUGGUGGCUGGCUCGCCUUUUUCUUUACAGCAAUAUCACUCAUUGGUGUUCCUGCUCUCUACGUCAUGCUGGCUGGCCAGAAUAUCAGCUCCAUGUGUCAAGGUACUGCAGCUGAAUUGACACCUCCUAUUUGGGUGAUUAUCUGCGCAGCGAUCGUCGCGAUACCCUUUGUGCUUUUCAAGUCUAUGAAAGAAGUUGGUUUUCUCAGCGCUUUCGGUAUGCUGGCCACAGUGAUUGUCGUCUUUAUCGUAUUGGUGGAAUCCGUCAAAGAUAUCCCCAAUCAAACGAACAUUAUUCAUGAUCCUGUCAUUUGGGACCAAUUUCCAAUCGCUCUUAGCUCUAUCGCCUUCAGUUUCGGCGGUAACCCAGUAUACGCCAACGUCGAAGCCGGUAUGCGACGACCGCAAGAUUGGGCCAAAGCAGUGACGGGUGGUUUGUCGACAUGUGCCGCUCUUUAUUUUUUGACGGCCGUUCCUGGUUAUUACGUUUAUGGACAAUCCGUUCAGUCGCCCGUAUACAACAGUAUCCCUACAGGACCCGCGAAAAUCGCAUGUGCAGCAAUUAUCACCGCUCACGUUAUUCUUGCCAUGCCGAUUUUACUGACAUCGUUCGCGCUCGAUUUGGAGAAGCUUUGUCGGAUAUCAACGUUCAAUCAUUCAAAAAUUGUGGAAGCCUUAUUACGUUUUGCUCUUCGUACGACUCUGAUCGUCGUUGUUGUCGUUAUCGCUAUUUUCGUUCCGUUUUUCGGUGAUUUCAUGUCCCUCCUUGGUGCUUUCUCCAAUUGUGCGCUUAUUUUUAUAUUCCCUGUUUUGUUUUAUUACAAGCUUACCGGGCUCCGCAACAAGUCUUGGUAUGAACUUAUCCUUGGCUUCUUCGUGGUGUUAUUAGGUGUUGUCGGUUUGAUUUUUGGUACCAUUUCAUCCGUGAAAGCUCUUAAUGCCGAUAUCAACGGUCAUUAGGCCGUUUUGAUUCCCCAUUAUUACGCUCCCUAUCAUUACUAUUAAAUUUCAUGCAUUUACUCAAUUCAUUAUUCUCUUUUCUGCCUUUCUAUUUAAGAAAUACAAAUUCGUGCCAUUUUUAUGUCAUUCUAUUAUUGCCAAUUUUUGAACAAAUAUGACUUGUGUAAAUGUCAAAGACCUUGUAAA